GCUGACAGUGCGAUUAUCCUGAUUGGAGUGGCGCUGAUGGACUAACGCCCUGUGGCGCUUGCUGAAUAUCAUGAAGGCGUUGAUCGGACGUCGGAUAUGCUCUUUGUCCUUUAUCUUCCUCGGGCUCUCACAAGCUAACGCGGUGCAUACUACAGCGACCAGUGACUGGCGACUGGUGGACUUGCGCUCAGACAGUGGCGCCUCUAUCGGGAAAACCAUGAAAGUUUAAUGUUUGAAAACUUGUAUGCGUUUUUGUUGUAAUGAGGGUUUUAGAAACAACACCUCCAACAUACAGCAUGGUUAAGAAAAAGCACAGGCUGCGGAAGCAAGAUGACUUCAAUGCGGACAACUCCUCAGAUGAGGUUACUAUGGGAGGGACAGGUACUGCCGUCAGGGGAUGCAGCCACAUUGUCAAGGCGGUUAAUUUCCAGUCCAUGAAGAAAACGAUAAAGCAGAACUUGCAUCCAGUAGGAGAAUGUUCGUCAUGUUCUCGAGUCACCAACAAGAGAAAUGAGAAAGAGACAGAAAAGAAUGCAGCAACGGGUGGCGAUGAGGAUAUCUUGGAGAAUAUGGAGACAACAAUAUGGCUGUGUCUGCAGUGUGGAAAUCAGGGAUGUGACAGAAACUCCAAGGAGAAGCAUGCGCUGAAACAUUUCCAGACUCCCCGAUCAUCCUCUCAUUCAGUGGUCCUUAACCUGACAUCUUGGGUCAUAUGGUGCUAUGAAUGCGAUGAUGAAGUUCAGUUGGAGAGUAAUAAGAAGUUGAAAGAAUGUGUCGACUUUGCGCGAAAACAGGUGGGGAUGGGAAGGACAGACUCUCCAACUCCUCUAGGGAAAUCUAACUGCUCACUUGCGAGGCAAUCUUCGUUCACAGCAGCUGACCACAACACUACAGUGGCAGUCACCGACACCAAGCCUAAACUGCCCAUACCAGUAACUGUGCAAAGCUUACCCAAAGUCCGAGGACUGAGUAACCUGGGCAAUACAUGUUUCUUCAACGCGGUGCUGCAGAAUCUAAGUCAGACGCCGGAGCUUGAUGUUCUGUUGGCUGAACAUUGUAAAAAGGGCGUAGUGAUUGAGUUACCGGGGCAGUCAGAUGAUAGUGACUCGGACACUGGGUCUUCAUGUAGCAGUGGAGAGAUAGAGGAUGCAGCUAGUAAUACUUUUGUCCAACGUUGGGAUCCUAUAACAGUGACCUUGUAUGAGGGUGGUAAUCUCACCCAGUCCCUGCUAACCUUCCUCCGAGAUAUGCAUUCCUCAGCCAUGAAUAACGUAAUCAGUCCAUCAGCACUUUUUGGACAAGUUUGUAUGAAAACACCAAGAUUCAAGAGUUUUCAGCAGCAAGACAGCCAUGAACUACUGCGUCAUCUGUUGGAUGGAAUGCGGACUGAAGAAAUCAAGCGUGCACAGUCGGGUAUCCUCAAGUCAUUUGGCCUGCCGGAAAAUGUAAAUCCAAGGAAGGUGGAUGAUGAAACAAAGGCAAAAGUCAAAGCAUAUGGGUCUCUUGCCAAGCGACAUACAUUCAUUGAUAGUAUAUUUGGAGGAUAUUUGAUCAGUACUGUUAGUUGCCAAGAAUGUGACAAGCUGUCGCAGAUCUUCGAACCAUUUCUUGAUCUCUCGCUUCCAAUCAACGAGGAGAAACCCGGCCGCCCAAACCAGCAUACGGUAUCCAAUACAAAGAAAGACAAACAGACUGAGAAGGAGCCACAACCUCCUGAGCCUCCCAAGAAAGGCAGCGAUGGCUUUGCGUAUGAUUCUUCAAAGAAAAGCAAGCAUCAGUCAAAGAAAGAAAAGAAGUUGUCUUCAAGACAGAAGAAAGCAAAGAGAAGAAAACAGUUCAGUAAAGGUGGAAAACAAGAAAAAGGAGAUGAAGAGUCCGACAGCCAAGGUCAUGAUGACGACAGUGCUCUGCCGUCAGGGGGAGCCACUGAAGCAGCAGAUGGUGAUGCCGUCUCUGAAAAAAGUGAAAACUGGGGAAGUAAUGAGGAUAAUACGAGUAACUCUGAUGCAGAUGUGGAGGAUAAUUUGGAGAGUGAUGCGUCCAGAAGGAAGAGUUUGGCUCAGGGGAAUAUGUAUGCACCAUUGAUGACCAAUGAGGAGGGACAGGUCGUCCAGGAUGAUGAGGAAGAGGGGGUAUUGGAGAAUGUUACUAAGGCACAGUAUGACAAUAUUGGCAAGGGUGAAGGUUUGAAAGAUGGGGAGAAUGAGACGAGUAGUUCUGAUUCGAGUAGCGAGGAUGAGGUUGUAGAGUAUAUCAAGCUGGAAGAUGAGCAAGAUGGUGGGACUGAUGAUGCAGUCGAGCAGGUUGCUAAGGAUUUAGAAAACUUGGCCCUGGCUGAACAAGCUAAGGCCGAGUCGAGUUGCCAUGGGAGCAGUGGAACUGUUGACCAGGGUUGUGAUGUUGACUUGCAAAUUUCCAAUGAUGUUGACCUCAGUGACCAGAAACUGAAUGUGACAGGUGCAAGCAAACAAUGUUCUGUUGAGGCUGGGAUGGACGAUGGUUGCGGUAAUGAGUGCAAAUGUACUGACCGAUCAGAAUGUGAUAAAUCACUUGUUGAUAGUGGCGACUGUUGUAUUAACUCUCCUUUGAAAAUAGAGCCAGAUAACGAUGCAAUUGACACUAGCAAGGAAUUUCUGAAAAUGAAUGGUGAUAGUGCACAUGGACCAAUUCCUUCUGGAGAUAGCGAGGAUAAAAGUUCCAAUGUUUCUGAUAGUACUUUAUGUAAUCAUGUGGAUGAUGUAGAUAGUGAACUUUUAGGGGCGGUUGGGGGUAAUUCUGAUGACCCUUUAUCCGUUAGUCAACUGACGACGCCUAAACAUUUGUACGCAUCACACAAAGUCAAGUCAAAGAAGGAUCUGCAGAAGGAGAAUGUCAGGAAAGCUAUGAACUCGUUGUCAAAUCGCUAUCAGCCAUUGGCUCAUGAAUGUUCUGUGUUGUCGUGUUUAAAUCAGUUCACAGCGGCCGAGUUGCUGACGGGGAAUAACAAGUUUGGCUGCGAGAGCUGUUCCAAGAAAAAGCAUAAGGAGAAGGGCAAUAAGGGCAAGAUGGAGAUGGUCUAUACGAAUGCCUGCAAGCAGCUAUUGAUCUUCCGACCUCCAGCGAUCCUUACAUUGCAUUUAAAGAGGUUCCAACAGGUUGGGUAUUCACUUCGCAAAGUUAACAGAUUUGUUGAUUUUCCACUCAUCCUAGACUUAGCUCCAUUCUGCUCUGUUUUAGCACAGGGCAUCAAACCCAACGCGGGUGUCAAGUAUUCCCUUUACGGAGUUGUUGAGCACUCCGGCCGCCUGACCGGUGGACACUACACAGCUUACGUUAAGGUUCGACCAGGCAAUGGCAAGAUGAGGCAGUUCAUUCAGAAAAAAUGCUUUAAGAUGAAAUGGGACGUUAAUUUUGACGAACUGCCGGAAGACAUGCAAGAAGAAGAGCCGACUGGAAUUCUUCCACAGGGAAAAUGGUACUAUAUCAGUGACACUCAUGUGAAAGAAUCCAGCGAGGCCCAGGUGUUGAAAAGUCAAGCCUAUAUACUGUUCUAUGAACGUGUCGUUUAGUCGUGGAUCUUCAGUUGGGUUUGUACUACAUUCCUCUUCAUGAAACUGUCAACCGGGAUAGGCACCAUCUAACGCGAAUUGAAGCAUUGAAAAUACACGAAAUGUUCAUCUCUCUUGCUUUUGGCCAUUUGAUUUACCGCCAAUUGAAUUUCUGCCAAUUCUCAAACUACAUGUAUUAGCAACGCAGACAUUUCCCGGUCUACGGUACAUCAUGUGAAGUUGGCUUGCUCUGCUACAAAGUGGUACCAACAGGUGUUCUUACAGUGUCGGCUGAUUUUUGAUAAUUCCUUGAGAUGGCGCAGUAAGUCACAUACCUUUUCAAGGCUCGUACUGAGUUUUUGACAACAAUGGCAACGCCAACUUCAAAAUAUUACCGUUAAAACGCAUGCUGCACAGCAGCAACAAGACGUAUGAUAACGUCGCAUUAUUUGUAGCUUACUUCGUCACACAGGACAGUUAGUGUCGUGUUAGCUUGAUUGUUGCUUUUCAUGGGUAAAAACCUACCACCGAAAAGGUGCAUGGCUCCCUGUGCCGCCUAAUGGAUUUGAUUUGCCACUUUGCCAUCAGGCGUAGGACAACACAUGUUCUUUUUUUGCCACUUUGUAAGAAAGUAUUGAUAAUUCUUUGGCAAGUCUGAUGCUGCCAUCAACUACCCGUGUUGUAUGUUGACACAACAGCAUCAUCAGCAGUAUUAUCCUCGGUUUAUCUCAGAAGUACAUGUAGUGUGUAACUAGAAAUUAUAGAGAUCAUGCAAGACUAAAUGUAAAUAUUUAUAUUGUGGCCCUUAUUUCACAUUCCUCUGCAGCAUUACCAUGUCCAUAUAAUUGGUAAGGUUAUAUCAGUAUAUUGGCAAUGGGAAUUUUCUUUGCGCUGAAUUCAAAUGCCUCAAAUCAUGUCUAAACUAGUUAAAGGUGUUCAAAAAUUGAAAGACUCUUGAUUAUAUGGAUGCUCCCAAACUCGGGUCGUUUGGGCAUUAAAUUCAGUUCAAAGUACAAUUAUGAUAUAUUAUUAAAUCAAUUUGAUUUCUCAACUUGUAAUACCGCCCAGAAUUUUCUUCAAUAUCUCUAAAGGGCAAAUUUCAUUAACCCUUUGGCUCCCGAGGCCUAUGUAACGCGAUGUACCGAGGUUUUUUACCAGUUUUAUGCAAAAUAACGUAAAAAUACUUUUAAAUAUUGUACCUCCUUCAUUAUGCAUCCCUGAUUAAUAAAACCAUACAUUUUUGUAAAGCUGAUUACCUUGGCUAUCAAUUGGCAUUAAUUCUGGGUAUCAGUUUGGUAAGAGGUUAUCAAUAAUCAAUAAUAAUCAAUAUUUUUUGAUUGAUUUUGCUCUAAUUGAUUGAUUUUUCUGAUUUGAACAAGUAUAUGGAACUGUAAUUGAUGCAGUUACAACUUGUAAAUGAUCUACGUAACUUGAUUGAUAACCUUUGGCUAUUGUCUAUUACUGAUUGAUCGAAUAAUACAACAUAAUAUUAAUUUAUAUGCUAAUCAGUUCUUGUACUGUGACGCUGCACAAGCGCCGAUCAAACUGCAGCGCCCUCUGCAAACUAUGAUGAAACUAAAUCUAGUCUUCUGCAGAUCACCAGGGACACGAAUACACCAUACAAUAGCGUCUAACAUGUACCGCGAGUUCUAUACUAAAGCAUUAGUAUAGUGACGAUAUAUCAUUCCUACAAGGUAUAUGCGAGACAAAAUAUAGGGACGCUAUAUCGUCCCCUCUAGGGAGGCAAGGGGUUAAUGUGUGAUUUCAUAUGGUGAAUUUUGUGUAAAGAUAGAAAUAUGUAUAUUUAUAUGAGUGGUGUUCAUGUAGAUUCUGUUAAUUCUCUCUCUUUUGGCUUUAUCUUAUUUAAGGUGACAUCAUUAAUUCCGGAGGGGUCUUGGUCAUAUCUCUUUUCAAUAAUUCAAAUAGAAUUUUGUGUCAAAAUGUUCCCCAAAAGAAUGUAUGGUCUGUCGAUGUGUUUCAUGUAAACGAAGUUUUCAGGGACUCUACCUUUACUGUGAUGAUACAUAAUGUACAUGUACUCAUGCAAAUUCACAACUCAGGACUUAGUUUACCUAAGAAGUCUCAUGGUCUUGUGUGACAUUACUAUGUAUUUUCCCUUACUCCUUUCCUAUUGCGUAGUUGCAUAGUUGUAGUAAUUCGAGAAAUAUUUGUUGUCUCUUUAGAUUUAAUUUGGCAACUCUGUGUCAUUUUAGUCAACAUGGCCAAUAAUGAUGGGGCCCUUAUGGUGUAUCUUCUUCAUCACAAUUCAUCAAAUGGCAGGUGAAACAGUAAUUUUUUAUGAUGCAAACAUUCGGUUUGGCUGAUUCAGUUUAUUAGCGUACCUCAUGUGAUUUUCAUUUCAAGUGAUGUCAAAAAAGUUGAGAUGGUCUGUUAACAUGAUUUCUGUUUCUAUAUAAACAUUUUGUAUGUUAUUUUGGGGCAUUGAGACGAGAUGGCUGUCCAGAAUUUAUCGGAUAGAUUCGUGUUUCUAUUGUCAAUGAAUAAGUUUAUGAUUUUGGCUACAAUUGAAGUCAUUUCGGAAUAAUGAUGAAUAAAAUAUUAUCUAUAUGUAACAAUAAUUUUUCUGAUUUGGUCUUUUGACACACCCGCAUAUCUUCUCAAUGCUCUUGCAGGAAAAGAACAGAACUCUCGUCACUACAUGGUACUGUCCCUGUCCCUGUCCCUGU